GUCAUGGUGGGCAGUGACGUCACAAACAUUGGGAAAGCGUUGAGGGGUUUGCUUGAGAGUGACGACGCUUGUCCAGGCCUUAAUGUAUGAGUGGAGGCGUGGGUAAGAGUGAGUGUAGUGUAGUGCCCGGCCCAGGAGCUAAGAGACGACUUGUAAGACACGAGCGGGAUGUCCACCCCGGCCAGACGGCGUCUUAUGAGGGACUUCAAGAGGCUUCAGCAAGACCCACCUGCAGGCGUUAGCGCUGCUCCAACAGAGAACAAUAUUAUGAUCUGGAAUGCAGUAAUCUUUGGGCCACAUGAUACUCCUUUUGAGGAUGGUACAUUUAAACUUACGUUGGAAUUCACAGAAGAAUAUCCUAAUAAACCUCCUACAGUUAAAUUUGUGAGCAAGAUGUUCCACCCAAAUGUUUAUGCAGAUGGUGGGAUCUGUUUGGAUAUUCUUCAAAACAGAUGGUCCCCAACAUACGAUGUAGCAGCCAUUCUUACGUCCAUACAGUCAUUGUUGGAUGAACCUAAUCCUAAUUCACCAGCUAACAGUCUGGCGGCACAGCUUUAUCAGGAGAAUCGUCGUGAAUAUGAAAAACGUGUAGCUGCUAUCGUAGAGCAGAGUUGGCUUAAUUUUCAGGAUGAAGAUGAAGGUGAAGAUAUGAAGAAGGAUACCUAGGGAUUGGAAGUGUUGUCUGGAGGGCUAGCCCUCGUCGUUGGGCUAGGGACCGUCACUGUCGCCCCAUCCCCCCCUUUCUAUGCCACACCUGCCCUCUCCUCAUUCACCCUUGCAACCUACCCACUCACAUAUAGCAACUCACUAACGAGGGGUUAUCGUUUUAUCUUCAAAUAAUAUUUGAUAUCGGUGCACCAAAACUGCCGAGUCUUGGGAAGUGAACAUAACCUAAGCAUCUUGGAAGGUAAAUUUCUAUCCAGUUACUAGUUAUCCCAGUCAAAUAUACUGUAGUUAGCUUUACUCAAAUUGGCUUUUUGUACACAAAGGUUCAUGUGAUGUGACGUGUUGUGCACAUGAUGGCGUCAGGUGUUGUGUGCCGUAGGGUAGGUGGCGAGCCAUCGGAGGAGAGCCUGAAUGCUCCAUCUUACACGGUAAAGUGUAGGAUGUCUGCUGCCCUUAUUCAGGCUCGUCUUUACUUCUUGACUAUUUACAGUGCUGCAGCCUAUAGUUCAAUAUAUUUUAUUGUUUUCUGCCUCUGCAAGUUAUGAACCUUAUUAUUAUUAUUAUCAUGUAAGCUGCAUAAAGUGUUCAUUAUUUCUGGCAAGAUAAUUUUGAAGUGAUAAAUGUGUGUUAGUAUACUAUCUCGCUUCCCUGAUCAAUUCAUGUGUUGAUACGUAUCAUUAUAUUUCGAUUCAUAUGCAAGGCUUUUGCCUCUAUUCAGAUUCCAGCUGUGUAACUCCAGUCUGUAAGCCUGAAUUCUAAGAUAAUUCUGGGUUUCGGCAAGAAUGCAUGCAUUAUACUGUGAAUGUUUGGCCAAAUCUUUGCUUACACUGACAAAUAACAAAUUUGGCCUCCUUUGCAAGUGUGGAUCUCGAGUAUGUUUAACAAGAUAUUGAAGGAAUAUUGGUACUGAAAGUGAUUAAACUAUUUUUUUCCUCAUCUAUACAUAAAAUUGAAUCUUUGUGCUCACUGUGCAGCUCUAGUACACUGUAAAAUUGGAAAGUGAAAACAUCUUUUUCUUUGGUGCAAGAUUUUGUGUGCUGUGAUAGAUAUCUUUGUUGUUUGGAGCUUUUAUAUUUGCAUAAUUUGGUGCUUCUCUUGGUCAGUGGUAUGUAUCGCUUUUCAUAAUUUUGGAUUCUGAAGCCAGUGUUGUGUGGCUCUAGUGUAUUUGAGUAGUGGCAUAUGCAUUUUUUUAACCAAUAUAUUUUUGUGAUCUGAAAGAUUAAAAGGGCUCUCAAUGGUUUGUGCAGUGUAAGCUGUAAGAUUCAUAUGAAUUCAAUUGGAGCAUAUAUUACUUUGAAAUUUAACAAUUUGCAGAAGAACUCUUUUAUCAGCUGGUCUUCUGAGCAUGUGAAUGUUUAUCCAUCAUCCCUUACAAUAUCUGCAUUGAAAAAAGUAGUGAAACAUGAAAAGGGUCAAAGAAAUAAGUACUCGUAUAAAAUCCUACCCCCCACCCCUUUGUAAGCACUGUAAAAUGGGCACAGUUUUUUUUUUUAAGUGACAGUACUAGGAUUAUUAUUUAAUCCCGGAGUCUGAUUUAUAUAUAUAACAAGUUUAGAGAAAUUGUAUUGAAUUUGGUAUCUAUCAAUUCCAAAGACUAAGAUGAACGUGGGCAUAAUGGUAUGCUUUAACAAGAUUACCGUGUAUUUGAUGUCAAAUGGUUUUAUUAUGAAAGAUUUCGGUGUAACAGAUUGAAAUACAUACAUACAAGGUGUCGCGUUUUCUGGUAUGUAAAUCUGACGCUUUUGAAUAUUGAGUUUUUAACGGAGCAAUUUACUUUUAUGGGCUCAUUAGUGUUUUGAGCAAAAAAUUUUGAUAUAUAUAUAUAUAGCAUAUGAAAAUUGGUCGCUGUAGUAUAGUAACUGUCCUGAAAGAUACUCCAAUACAAAAUGCUCUUGUUUAUUAUUUAUAAAUGGAGUUUUUUUCUUUAACUCUUUCAAAAUAUACCACAUGUACACACUAACUAUUGGUCUAGUUAAAAGUAUACUUGUGUAUAAAUUCUGUAGAAUGUGUGUGACCUCUGAUAAAAUUCAUCCCUGGUUUGGUGUCUCCUUACGAAAAUGUAGAAAACAGAUCUUUCAGUUCUAGGACAUGAUUUCCUAUGAAAUAAAAAAUUGUGCUUUGUGUAUAUACUGUAAUGUUAUCAAUAAAUUUCAUCCAUA